AUGGCAAAGGAGUCUGCGACAUCGCCGUCCGCCACCCCACCUCCAGCGGCAUUGAAGCGGACAACCUCGAGCACACAAAACAUGAAGAACCAGAAGUCCAUUCUCGGGUUCUUCCAAAAGUCCUCUCCAGCGACUCCGGCAAGCAAGAAGCCUCGCGAGCCGGAGUCUUCUCCGGCUCAACGUGCUGGUGAACAGCGUAGAGGAAGUACUGUCAAGCCAACACCGAAGAGGAGUUUCUCAAGCUUCGCAGGGGACCUCACCCCGGUGCCGAGUAGCGAUGUCCCUGUCCCCGAGGAAGAUGAGGUGGAAGUCGAGGACAAGACGAAACCUACACCCGACGACUCCAAAGAGAACACAAUGACUCCGUCGCGACGGGCCAAGAAAAAGCAAAUCAGCUACAAGGAGUCAGAUUCAGAAGGCGAAGACGACGACGAUGUCAUUUUCCGGCCAAGUCGGAAGGCGAGCACAAACGGGCGCGCCGCGAAGCGGAGGAAGACGGUCGAGGAGAGCGAUGACGAAUUUGAGGGAGCUGAGGCCAUUGGAUACUCAGAUGAUGAAAUGGACGAUUUUAUCGUCGCUGACGAUUCCGACGAAGAAGCAGCCGCACCAAAGAAACGCAGUAGGCCCGCCACAACUUCUUCGCGGAAAGACGUCAAUCGUGCGCCUUCUUCACCUCCUCCUCCGCCAGCGGAUGAUGACCUUGACCUCGAUCUCCCUGAAGGCUCGGCUGGUGGCACCCUGCAGUGGAAGUUUGACCCUGACACUGUUGAGCCUCGGAAAGAGCGUGCCGUGCAAAAAACCCCCAAAUCAACGUCGAGUGCCAAGAAGGAGAGAGCGUACACUAGGGAGCCCGAGGAACGAUACCCUUGGCUUGCAAAUCCCAAGGACAUCGAUGGAAACCCUCCAGGACAUCCUGACUUCGAUCCUCGUACAAUCUAUGUUCCUCCACUAGCUUGGUCCAAGUUCUCGCCUUUCGAGAAGCAGUACUGGGAGAUAAAGCAGAAGUUUUGGGAUACAGUUGUUUUCUUCAAGAAGGGCAAGUUCUACGAACUUUACGAAAAUGACGCCACCAUUGGCCAUCAGCUGUUUGAUCUCAAACUUACCGAUCGCGUCAACAUGCGAAUGGUCGGCGUGCCCGAGAUGAGUUUGUCGCACUGGGCGAACCAAUUUGUUGCCAAGGGAUUCAAGAUUGCCAGGGUUGAUCAAUCUGAGUCGGCGCUCGGAAAGGAAAUGCGUGAGAGAGAUGGGAAAAAGCCUGGCAAGGAAGACAAGAUCAUCAAACGAGAGCUAGCCUGCGUCUUGACCAGAGGCACGCUCGUGGAGGGAUCAAUGCUCCAGGACGAUAUGUCUACAUAUUGUGUAGCCAUCAAGGAGGCCAUCAUCGAUGAUCGCCCUGCGUUUGGCCUUGCAUUCGUGGAUACCGCGACGGGCCAGUUCUUCAUCUCUGAAUUUGUCGACGAUGUGGACAUGACCAAGUUUGAGACAUUUGUCGCGCAGACAAGACCUCAAGAAAUGCUUCUUGAGAAGGGCUGUGUGUCACAGAAGGCCAUGCGUAUUCUCAAGAACAACACUGGACCGACAACUAUUUGGAACUACCUGAAGCCGGGCAGGGAGUUCUGGGAAGCCGAUAUCACCUUGAAGGAACUUGAUGCCUGUGAAUAUUUCGUUUCUCAAGAUGAUGAAAAUGUCACAGCCUGGCCUGAUGUUCUGCGCGAUGCCAGAGAAAAGGAGCUGCUGAUGUCUGCAUUUGGCGCUCUCACGCAAUAUCUUCGAGUGCUCAAGAUUGACCGAGAUCUCAUUACGAUUGGCAACUUCACAUGGUAUGAUCCCAUUAAGAAGGCGUCCAGCCUGGUCUUGGACGGCCAGACGUUGAUCAACAUGGAAAUUUUUGCCAACUCAUUUGAUGGCGGCCAAGAGGGUACCCUAUUCCAACUGUUGAAUCGCUGUAUCACUCCAUUCGGAAAGCGUACGUUCAAACAAUGGGUCUGCCAUCCGUUAAUGGAUGCAAAGCGAAUCAACGCACGGUUGGAUGCCGUCGACGCUUUCAAUGCCGAUCCCAGCAUUCGUGAUCAGUUCUCCUCGCAAUUGACGAAAAUGCCAGACCUCGAGCGACUGAUCUCUCGAGUUCACGCUGGUGUCUGCAAAGCUCAAGACUUUGUUCGUGUUCUUGAGGGAUUCGAGCAGAUAGAGUACACCAUGGGCCUGCUCAAAGAUAGUGGCGCUGGCGACGGUAUCAUCGGUCAACUCAUCGAAGCAAUGCCAGACUUGACAACCUUACUAUCGUACUGGAAGACCGCUUUCGACCGACCCAAGGCAAAGGAGAACGGCAUCCUGGUUCCAGAGACAGGCGUCGAGGCCGACUUUGACAACUCGCAGGACACCAUUGAACAGCUCCACAAAGACCUUGAUAAUCUAUUGAAAAAGGCGCGUCGUGAUUUGGGGUCUACUGCCAUUUGCUACCGUGACAAUGGGAAGGAGAUCUAUCAACUCGAAGUUCCAAUCAAAGUCAAGAACAUCCCAAAGAACUGGGAUCAGAUGUCAGCUACAAAACAAGUGAAGCGGUACUACUUCCCUGAGCUGCGCAGUCUGAUCAGAAAAUUACAAGAAGCGCAAGAAACCCAUAGUCAGAUCGUGAAGGAAGUCGCUGGUCGGUUCCACGCUCGAUUUGAUGAACACUAUGGGACUUGGCUUGCUGCUGUACGCAUCGUUGCGCAGUUGGAUUGUUUGAUCAGUCUGGCCAAGGCAUCAGCUUCUCUUGGACAACCAAGUUGUCGUCCAGUCUUCGUGGAUGAUGAGCGCAGUGUUCUUGAAUUCGACGAGUUACGGCACCCGUGUCUCCUCUCCUCCGUUGAAGAUUUUAUCCCCAACGAUGUUCAACUUGGUGGUAAACACGCAAACAUUGAUCUACUCACUGGUGCCAACGCCGCUGGAAAGUCGACUCUUCUGCGAAUGACCUGUGUGGCUGUCAUCAUGGCUCAAAUCGGAUGUUACUUGCCCUGCAAAUCUGCUCGUUUGACUCCUGUUGAUCGUAUCAUGUCUCGUCUCGGCGCAAAUGACAAUAUUUUUGCUGCUCAAUCGACCUUCUUCGUUGAAUUGUCGGAGACCAAGAAGAUUCUGUCUGAGGCUUCGCCGCGGUCUUUGGUGAUUCUGGACGAGCUCGGCCGCGGUACCAGCUCCUAUGAUGGCGUCGCAGUCGCGCAAGCCGUGCUACACCAUGUUGCCACACAUAUCGGUGCAAUGGGAUUCUUCGCCACGCACUAUCACUCAUUAGCGGCAGAGUUCGAGAAUCACCCCGAAAUCUCUCCGAAGCGAAUGGCUAUCCAUGUGGACGACGUUGAGCGCCGCGUCACCUUCCUUUACAAACUCGAGAGCGGCGUGGCAGAGGGCAGCUUUGGUAUGCAUUGUGCAGCCAUGUGUGGUAUCCCAAACAAGGUCAUCGAACGUGCCGAGGUUGCGGCCAAACAAUGGGAGCAUACCAGUCGACUUAAGGAGAGUCUUGAACGUCGCAAAGGUGGUGGUCUGAUUGGGCUGGGCUGGUGGAGUGAUAUUGCGUGGGCAUUGCGCGAGUCGAGUGCGGAUGGCGAGGGCGAGGAGGAGGGUGUUUCUGAUCUUGGGUUGGAAGUUCUGCGAAAAGCUAUCGAAGCUUUGUAA